GGCGCCGCGUCCCGGCGGGAGGGAGCCGCCACCGCCGGGGGCUGCGGCCCCUCCCGGCGUCCGGCUGCCCCGGGGGUCCCGGCGCUGCCACACGGCCCGCGGCGCUUCGGAUUCCUGCGGCCGCGGAGCGCCGGCGAGCUCCCGGGAGGGGGAGUUCCGCGGGGAGGAGGCGGAGGGGGAGGAGACGGCGCGGGCAGCGUUAAAAGGAGGCAGCUGAAUGACAGCGGCCGCUGCCGCGCCCCCGCCCCGCCGAGCGCCGGCCGCCCCCCGCUCGCUCGCUGCUGGCCAUGGACGGGAGAGAGGACGCGGAGUACGACUUCCAGGAGGCGUUCGCCGAAGCCCGGCGGUGGCUGGAGGCAGUUACCAGGCAAAGCUUUGGAACUGGAGACUUUAGAGCAGCUCUAGAAAAUGGAGUCCUGUUGUGCGAUUUGAUUAACAAGAUCAAACCUGGCAUCGUUAAGAAGAUCAAUCGUCUGCCAACUCCAAUAGCUGGCUUGGAUAAUAUAAAUGUUUUUCUGAAAGCGUGCGAAAACAUUGGACUGAAAGAAGCUCAGCUUUUUCACCCAGGAGAUCUUCAGGAUUUGUCCAAUCGAGUUACAGUCAAACCAGAGGAAACCAACAGAAGAGUGAAAAAUGUUUUGAUUACAUUAUACUGGCUUGGGAGAAAAGCUCAAAUUGACCCUGAUUAUAAUGGUCCAUACCUCAAUCUUAAAGCAUUUGAGAAGUUAUUAGGACAAGCACUGAGUAAGGCACUUGAAGAGUCCAGCCAGCUGAGCAGAAGCGGCAGAGACAGUGGGUACGGCGAUAUUUGGUACGUUGACCGGGGAGAGCCUUUCUCAUCUUCAGUUACUCAUAAAAGAGACGAUUCCUUUGAUAGCUUGGACUCUCUUGGUUCAAGAUCCUGCACAAGCUUUUCAUCGGAUAUAACCUUGAAAGGUGGCAGUGAAGGUUGCGACAGUGACACAGACUCAGAACUGCCUUCCAAAAUGCAUGACUCCCAUAAAGAUGACAGGUCUUACCGCAGAAUUUCUGUGAUUGAACCGAAACCUACCACUGACUUCAAUCGUUUCUUACCAAACAAAAACAAGCAGACAGCAUAUGUGCCAGCACCUUUAAGGAAGAAGAGGAUAGAGAAGAAUGAGGACAACAGGAGGAGCUGGGCAAGUCCUGUUUUCACUGAGUCAGAUGGAGCAUUUUCAAGUGGACGUGAAACGAAUCCUGUAGCUUCCUGUCAAAAUAGCAGAGCAGAGUGUGGGCUCACAAAUCCAGCUUCCCUCCAGAUCAUCUCUGAGUAUGACAGUGGCUCUGAUUCAGAAGAUGAAAGAAGGCUGCCCGACGUUGUUUUGGAUGACUUAGCAAAUCGUAGAUUUCUAGUCAAAAAGAGCCCUGUAAGCUCUGCUGCACCUGGACAUCAUUUCAUGUUGCGCAAUGACUCUCCUAAAUCUUGCUCGCAAGAAAGUUAUCCAGCUGGUCCACUAGCUGCAAUGCUUGAACCACUGAGUAACCAGAAGAGGCAGAGGCAGUUGGAUACUAAAGAGGAAAACAAACCAAGAGCUAACAAUCCUUCACAAUUAUCUGGGUAUUUUGAUGAGGACGAGGAAGAAGUAGGCAUCCCAAACAUUGAAAAAGAUGAUCUCUAUUUUCGCAAGCUAAGUUCUUCAGCGCCAAAUACAGUUGUUGCUUUUGACAAAUUUCUUCCUAAGUUUUGGACUCCAGAGGAGGAAUUGCUAUGGAAAAAAAUCAAGAAAUCCUCUUUCAAACCCUGGUAUAAAGAGAUUCAAGGGUUCAGUAGAAAGAGAUCAGAUUCUGAGGAUGAGGAAUUUGCUUACAAACAAAGCUGUACCAUUGUUGCUAAUCAAUCAAGACAAAGUUUUGACUGGAACAGUAGCUGCAGAAGGGAUCAGAAUUAUAAGCCAACUGCUGAAUAUGUGGGAAGCUCAUUGUCACAGAUUGCAGAAGGAAAAAUCUUGGAGUCUCCUGAUCAGCCCAGUCAGUUUUCGUUACUUCAGGCCCUGCAAAAAUACACUGACUACGUGUCUUCUGAAACGGAGACCAGAAUUGAUCCCACUUCUGGCCCUAGGCUCAUAAAAUGUAGAAAGAAUGUUUCCUUUAUACCAGGAGGCAAGCAAGGAGAUGAGGACAAUGGAUAUCUAUAUCCAGAUUUGGAGAAUGAUGAUUUGUUUGUUCGGAAAACUGGGGCUUUCCAUGUGAAUCAAGUUGUUCUUCAAGACCCCCGUUACUUAAAGAAAUUUUCUGAGCAGGAGCCUCCUCUAGAGGGUGAGAUAAUUCUGCAACCUAGAGAGGGCCAAACUGUGAUUCCAGAUUUGGAAAAGGAUGACAUGAUUUUUCGUAAAGUCCUCUCUCAAAAAAAAGAGGUGCCUUUAUCAGGUGCUCCUGACAAGUAUCACCCAGCACUGUUUCCUGAUCCAUGGAGUCUUCCAGAAGAGAUCCGGUCCAAAUUUCUAUGUUUACUUGAAAAAAAUGCGAUACCAGAGGAAAGGAAGAGCAAUGGCAGAGUGCUGUCACCAUCUUUACACCAUAAGAAGGAUGAUAUGCUGACCCGCAAGAUUGAAUCUUGGAAAGUGGGAAGCAAUGUCCAGCCGGUAAAUUUUAUCCCAGGUCCAUGCAGUGAAGAAGACUGGAAGAAGUGGGAAGCAAUCAGGGAGGCCAGCAAAGUUAGACACAAGAAACGGCAGAUGGUGGAGAGACUUUUUCAAAAGCUUUCUGAUGAGCAAGGGAGUAAAUCUUUGAAUGAUGUCAGUGCAGAGGAGCUGCAGACACUGCGCAAAAUCCGUUAUGAAGAGCUGCAGAAGAUAAAAGAACAGUUACAAGAGCAAGAUCUAAAGUGGCAAGAAGAUCUAGCAAAAUGGAAGAGUCGUAGAAAGAGUUACACUUCAGAAUUGCAAAAGAAAAAGGAAGAGAGAGAAGAAAUUGAAAGGAGGGCCUCUGAGGUGUCUGGAAGGAGUACCAAGUCACUGAAGGAAAUGCAGCAGGAGAGGCUCUAUUCCCAUAGGGAAGAGAGAGAUCAGGACUCCUAUGAGCAGCAGAAACAGGAACACAACUGGGCGUAUUCACUGAACGAUGAUGUAUUUGGUGAAGAAAAAGCACCUUCCACAGCAGCAAAAGAUUGGUCAGCAGCCAAAGAUUACCGUUUGGAAGAAGACACUUCCUACAGCACUAAGGACAGUAAAAGUGUGUCUGCCACCCGGCCGCCCAAGGAGAACCUGCCGGAGAGCUUGGCUGCUCGAGAAGCUCCUGCUCCUCCAGAGAGCCUGGAGCGGGAGCAGAGCCCGGCACUUUCGUCCACUCGUUACUCAGUGAAUGCUCAAACUGGGUCAGCUCAGGUUUCAGCUUCUCUCCCGAGAACUUACCAGAAAACUGAUACCUCCAGGUUAACAUCUGUGGUUACACCAAGACCUUUUGGUGUCCAUUCAAGAGGAAUCUCGUCACUUCCACGGUCGUUCACGAUGGAUGAUGCUCAGAAAUACAAUGGAGAAGUAGAAAAAGCUAAAAGAACUCAAACUUUGUUCACCAGCAUUUCCUUUUCACAACCAGACUCUGCACACCCUGUCUCCACCGGUGCAUUCAGAAGCAGAGGUGAGGAGGAAGAGGAGGAAAAAGGUGUUCAGUCAACACCUCCUCUUAGUUUGGCAUUACCUUUAAAGUCCCAAGACCAAGAUGCUGGAAGUAGUAUUCCUAAGCCAGAGUAUGGCAGUCCUCCUGAUUCUCUUUCACUUGCAUCUUCUGCAGAAACUGCCAGUCUGACAGAGCCUAAGGAUUCAAAAUCCAUGGAGCAGUACAGUGAAAUGAGAAUCAGUAUAAACCAGAGACCUGGCCACAGUCGCAGCUUUGGGUUUACAACAAAUUGGAGUUCUUCAGGAGCCAUUGUACAGACAGUUGAAGAAGGCAGCCCUGCAGCACUUUGUCAGCUGCACGUAGAUGAUGAGAUCAUUGCUGUCAACGGCACAAAGGUUUCACACAUGGACUACAGUCAGUGGGAAGAAGCCAUCAGCAGAGCACUAGAAACUGGAAACCUGGUCAUGGAUGUCAGACGAUAUGGAAAGAAUGAUUGGGGCAAAGACCUGCCUUCCCUGCCACGUGUAAGGCAUAAAAUCCUCAAUCUCACCAGUAUGGGUACCAACAUUAUAGGUACAUCUGAAAAUAAAUGGAUUGAUGCAACUUCGGGAGAAAAACUUUCAAAUGCUUCCACCACAUCCACAAAAAGAGAUUUCUCCAGCAGCCUUCAAAGCUCUGAUACAGAAACAAAAUUGAUAAAUGGAAUGCAAGGAGACCUUGGCUCUAAUGAACAAAGAGCAUCUGAACCUAUUUCUUUGAAAAACUUAAAAAGGCGGUCACAAUUUUUUGAACAAGGAGGCCCAGAGCCUGCAAUGCCUGAUCUUCCAGUCCCGUCCAUCAGCGCUCCUAGCCGUCGGGUUUGGGAUCAAGAGGAAGAGCGAAAACGACAGGAAAAAUGGCAAAAAGAGCAGGACCGUUUGUUGCAGGAGAAAUACCAACGAGAACAAGAGAAACUGAGGGAAGAAUGGCUACGAGCUAAGCAAGAAGCAGAAAAAGAGAGCUCCAAGUAUUUUGAUGAGGAGAAGACCGUUCUAACCCUAAAUACAACAUCCAUCACUUCUCAGGCUUCACCUGUGUCCAGCUGGAGAGCAAGCCCUGAAGCAAAUGCUCCCGAGGAGCCAGAACGAGAUGGAGAAAACGAGCUGGCAGCAAGCUCGCUGCAUGAGGAAGAAGGAAGGAGGAGGCUUCAGGAGGAACGGAGGAUCCAGGAAGAAGCAACCAGGCAUUUUGAGCAAGAGCAGGAGCUCCAAGAGCUGGAGCUAGAGAGACAACGUAAAGAGAGGGAGAAGCAGCACGCUGAGGAGCAGAGGCGGCAGGCAGAGAUGGAGGAGCAGAGGCGGCAGGCAGAGAUGGAGGAGCAGAGGCGGCAGGCAGAAAAGCAGAGGGAGGUGUCAGUGGAGGUGCCUCAGUACCAAAGACAUUACGAGCGCUAUGAAGUAUCUAAAACAAUAGAGGAACGAGCUGGCCAUCCUCUCAUUGAUAGGCAUUAUGAGCGUUACGAAGUUUCUAAAACCAUUGAGGAGCAGCCUGGCCAGUCAUUUGUUGACAGGAAUAAGUCAAAGUCAACAACAGAACUGAAUGAAUUCAACACAAUCAGAAAUGGUACCCAGAGCAAGUAUUCGGAGAGGUCCUGGAACAUGGGUGAGUCACAGAAGAAAUCUCAGAAGGAGCAAAACCUGUCUGCAGCAGAGUUGGAGAGACAGCAAAUCCUUCAGGAAAUGAGAAAGAAAACAUCUCUACACACGGACAGCAGCUGGAUUAGGCAGCGCAGUGCCAGUAUACAUAAGGAACCCGUUAGUCUGUACAGCAGUAGUAUGAGGAGAGGGGAGUCUUUGGACAAUCUUGAUUCUUCAGGAAUUAGGUCAUGGAGGCACCACUCAUGGCUGAACCAGUCUGCAUCCUCUUCAUCUCUAUCUUCUAGUCAAGAUUUUAGUCGCCCGGUGUCCACUUCAAACCGAGCCUACAUGUGCACUCCUUCCUCCAGCAAAGCACCUCCUGUGGCCACCUCUGCAAGAGCCCCCUCCACAUCACAGACAGCUCCCAGGGCUCAGUCUCCCCUCUCUGCUUCCCAGUCAGGGUCCCAGACACGCAGCAGGUCAGUCAGUGGGAAGAAAAUCUGUUCAUACUGUAAUAACAUUCUGGGCAAAGGAGCAGCCAUGAUCAUUGAGUCUCUUGGUCUUUGUUAUCAUUUACAUUGCUUUAAGUGUGUUGCCUGUGGAUGCGACCUUGGUGGAUCCCGCUCUGGAGCUGAAGUCAGGAUCCGAAACAACAAACUCUUCUGCAACGACUGCUAUAUCAGAUUUAAAACUGGACAACCAACCUCCAUGUGAAGCAAAUGAAGAUAUGAAACCACUGUUGCAGAUACAAGAAGAGGUGAUUGCUGCUGAUGUAGAUCUAUAAAUAUAUAUAUUGUGUGUGUGUGUGGUUUUUUUCUAAGAGUAACUCUUGCUUGUCUAGUCUUCAUAGCAAUACCUUGUAUUCUUCAUGUAACUAUUUUUAUUUAUAAGAAAGUAAUUGCAGUAAGAAAAUAGCUGAGAAAAAUGCUUUCACAUUUUCAGCUUCAAGUACUGAGAGCACAAGAGAGAAUAAGUAUAUUUUCAGUAAUAACUUCAAAAUAUUUUUGAGGCUUAUAAUCAACUAGUUGACUUUCCAAUGGUAUAUGAAGAGGGUAUUUUGUUUCUAAGCUCUUGAAAUGAGCAUUAGAGAAAUAGCUAAUAUAAAUAUAUAUUUGCAAUUGCUGUCUUUAUUUUUGACAUAUACUGAAAGUGAAUUCUCUAGUUAAUAUGAAGCUGCAUUUAAAUGCACACAAAUGUGUUUGCUUUCUAUAUGCUGGUUUCUAAAAUUAUGUGCUUUUUUGAAACCUAAAUACAAAGAAUAAUCUCAGAAUUUGCUCAGUGGUGUUGGCAUAAUAUUCUGUGGAAUCCAUUUAAGAGAGAGCAUUUUCUUUUCCUGUUUGGAAAUGUAACUAUCACUCUUUCCUCUGCAAAUUGAGUGGAGAAUGGUUGUUGAAUUACCAUAUAUUUGUAAAUAAAAAAUCGGAUGUUGCAUUUAUUAGAA